UAUAUCCAACGUAACACUGACUUCAUACGGUCACUUUUGUUUACAAGCGGCGGAAGCGCGGCGGUGACGAGUCCGUUGGCGAAACUUAACACUACGUUUUCACUUGAGACAACGUUAUAGUUCGUCAGCCAUGGGGAAGUCUUUCGCGAAUUUCAUGUGCAAGAAGGAUUUUCACCCCGCUUCGAAGUCAAACAUCAAAAAGGUAUGGAUAGCAGAGCAGAAACUGACCUUCGACAAGAAGAAGCAAGAAGAUCUCAUGCAGGCGUACCUGAAAGAGCAGGACACUUACAACAACAGGUUGUUGAUGGGGGAUGAUCGUGUUAAGAACGGCCUCAAUUUCAUGUACGAGGCUCCACCUGGAGCAUCCAAAGAGGAAACGAAAGAGGAGGGAGAAGACGAUUACAAAUUUGAGUGGCAGAAGACCGCCCCUCGAGAGAAAUAUGCAAAGGAUGACAUGAAUAUUAGAGAUCAGCCGUUUGGAAUCCAGGUGCGCAACGUGAGAUGCAUCAAAUGUCACAAAUGGGGCCAUGUGAACACGGACAGAGAGUGUCCUCUCUACGGACUGUCGGGAAUUAACGCCAGCUCUGUGGCCACAGAGGAGGCAGCAGGUCCGUCGAUGCACCCCUCAGAGUUAAUGGCGGAGAUGCGAAACAGUGGGUUUGCCUUGAAAAAAUGUGUCCUCGAUAGGAAUUCUACCGUUGUCGAUCCAUCACAGGAAUAUGUCGCCAGUGAUGAAGAGGAGGACCCUGAGGUGGAAUUUCUGAAGUCGCUGUCGACCAAGGAAAAGCAGAAGCUCCUCAGGAAACUUGAUCGUCUGGACAAGAAGAGGGCCAAGAAAAAGAAGAGCAAAAAACAGAAGAAGAAAAGCAAAAGAAAGCACAAGAAAAAGCAUGAAAGCAGUGGGAGCUCCAGUGACUCCUCCAGCAGCAGCAGCAGCAGCAGGAGCAGUGAUAGUGGCUCAGAAUCAGACGACCAUGGCAAGUCUAAGAGCCAAAAGCAAAAGAAGAACAAGAAAAAAGAUUCCUGUCGGGAUAACGGCUCCAAGAGUGAGCAGCAAGUCAAGAGUCAGAAAAAGGCCUCCUCUCACAGGAGCAGGUCACCGAGCCCUCGCACCGAACAGAGGAGGCCUGAAGAGGUUCCACGGAGUCACAGACACACACAGGCGGAGAGGGGACGGAGCAGGAGUCGAGAUCGCAGCCCGGAGAACAAGAUCAAGUCGGAGGGAGGUCAAGAGAGACAGAGACACGCCAGCGAGGACAGGCAGAAACCUGGCAGCUCCAGGUCUAGAGUGGAGAGAAGUAGGAGCCGCGACAGAGGCAGGGAGGACAGAGGCACAGACAGGCGUCGCUUCGGAGACGGAGAGAGGAACAGAAGUAGCACAGAUGGAAGGAGAGGCAGAACAGCUGAUGGGAGGAGCAGGAGCAGGGAAAGAGGUAAAGAGAGGGAGGGCAGAGGAAGGAGCAGGAGUAGGGAGAGAAGAGAGAGGAGCCAAGACAGAGUUAGAAGAAAGCACUGAUUCUACUUUUUUUUAAGACCAUAACAAUGAACAUGUAAUGUUCAAGGGUUUAAAUUGUUUUUUUGUCUGUGCAAGUAGUUCUCUCGGUUAUCACACAGAGUCCCUCUAUUUAAAAAUCAAAUUGCUGAUAUUGUGCAUACAAGUCUCCUUUUCCUCCAGCAGAGGGAACCAGUCGACAGUGAAUCUGUGGCUGCAGCUCCUGCUCUCUGGUGUUGUCUUGCAUCUUGUGAAAGGCUCUAAAUUAAUUGAUUACCAUCGGAAGCAAUUUGCAGCUACGAUCUGUUGAUGGGAAAACGUUGGACUCAUGUUCAUGGCCUGUUGGCGGCUAGAAAGACUGUUUCUGUUGCUGCAGUUUUUAUUCCUCCGUACAUUAUGGUUUGUUUUUUAUUAUAAUUUUUUUUAGGAAAUGUUUGCUGUAAAUCAUGCGUGGAUUGCUGUUGACGCCUGCAAAAAAACCAAACAAUACUUUUAUUUUCUGAUUAAAUGUUUUAAUCCUCGAA